UACAGUAGGGCGCGAGACAGCUGGGCCACGUUGACAGUGUUGUAAUUUCAGGUGUUUCUGUACAGUAGUUUGUUGUAUUGAUCUGUCGGUUAACGUAGGCGCUCUGCAGUUUAUUUGUAAGUAUUUUCUCUGGGAAUAUAUUCACUGUACAGUAAUACUGGGUGCUGCCGCCAUUGGCUCGCUUGUUUUCGCUUAAUAAGGAAGUAGGUAGAAUGAGUGUUGGUUUCAUAGGAGCAGGCCAGCUGGCCCACGCUCUGGUGAGAGGCUUCACAGCUGCAGGCGUGAUUGCCACUCACAAAAUCACAGCCAGUUCCCCAGACACAGAUCUCCCCACUGUACAGGGACUGCGGAAAUUGGGUGUCAAUUUCACCACCAGCAACAAAGAAACCGUGAGCAAGAGUGAUGUUCUCUUCCUGGCUGUGAAGCCACAUAUUAUUCCUUUUGUGCUGGAUGAAAUUGGACCAGACAUCGAAGAUCGUCACCUCAUUGUGUCCUGUGCUGCAGGUGUCACUAUCAGCUCUAUAGAGAAGAAGCUGCAGCAGUAUCGCACUGCUCCAAAGGUAAUGCGUUGCAUGACCAACACUCCAGUGGUGGUGCGUGAGGGGGCCACUGUGUAUGCCACAGGCACCCAUGCGGAAGUAGAGGAUGGAAAGCUGCUGGAGCAGCUGAUGGCAAGUGUGGGAUACUGUACUGAGGUGGAAGAGGACCUGAUUGAUGCUGUCACCGGCCUCAGCGGCAGCGGCCCCGCUUACGCCUUUACAGCUGUAGAUGCUCUCGCUGAUGGUGGAGUGAAAAUGGGCCUACCCAGGAGACUGGCUGUACGACUCGGAGCCCAAGCCCUGCUGGGGGCUGCUCGAAUGCUGCUAGACUCAGAGCAACACCCUGGGCAGCUCAAGGACAAUGUGUGUUCACCAGGGGGCGCCACGAUCCACGCCCUGCAUGUCAUGGAAAGCGGUGGUUUCCGCAGCCUCCUGAUCAACGCCGUAGAGGCCUCCUGUGUUAGGACCAAAGAACUUCAGUUUUUGGCUGACCAAGAGAAAAUCUCGCCAGCUGCCAUAAAGAAGACAACUCUGGACAAAGUGUUGCAGCAGCCCGGAGUGACUGCAGAAGGAGUCAGAACUCGUGGGAUCAGUAUGUUCACCACCAGUAACCCGAAGACUAAGAAGAAGUGAUUUUCUUUUUGCAAACAGCACGUUUUAAUGUUACCUGCUACAUCAGUGAAGAUGCAGUAUAUGCUGUAAAUAAACCACAACUGACAGAGGACUGCUGUAACAUAAGAUAACCUAGUGGUUUACUUUCUAGGAAAAAAAAACCCAACUUGAUUUGGGAUGCUGUUAACACUGUAUAAGCCAUAUUUUUCUUUUUUGCAAUAAAAUGUCUUUCUUUUGUGAAACUAUAUUUUAUAUUAUACGAUUCGAUUCCUGUGCUAUCACAUCACUUCUUCCGGUGUGAAAUCUCUUUCUAAGUUAUAUUUCGGUUUACACAUCAGUUCUUUCUGAUGGUAGAUAACAAAGUUAGAUUUACUAAAUAACAAUACAACUCAGGUAAUAUGUGAAGUGGUAAGCUCUGAACCUGCAUUGUAGUCCAUGUAUUACAGAUCAGUAUGUGUCAAGUAUUUUUUAUUAUUUCCUUAAACAAAAUGUGUCAAAUCCUAUAUUUUCUGAUGCAGUUAAACUGUGAAAAUGUAAUAAAAACCUUUUAUCAUUAAAUAUAAAAA